AUGUCUAUCGCUGACCACUCCAGUGAGGCGACCGUCAUUGAAGAGUUUUCAGCAAGCGUCCAUUCUCCAUCAUCAACAUCGUCGCCAGACGCGGACAGUGCCAGCAUGCAAACAACGCCGAUUCUCCCUGGGACCUACCUACUUCUCCAGUUUGGGGAACGGAUGGCUAUGGACCUAACUCAUGGACACACUGUAAUAGGCUACACAAAACACGAGAGGCCUAACCAACAGGUGAGGUUAACACCCGCCGGUGAUCCAGGACAGGAGUGGACGGCUCGCCGCAUUGGCGAGCUCACGGAAAAGUCAGCACCGUCGAGCGCUCCGGUGACCACUCAAUCGACGUACACGGUGUCCAGCUCCGAGCCAGCCAUACGCAUUGAAGGGGCAGGGAGUCAUCCGACAAUCGUUAUCAAUGACAGAAAUGCUAUCCCAGAAAACGGGGAGCUGGUUUUCACAACGACUACGACGUGGUCCAACACCAUGACAUCUACAGUGACAAAAUUCGAGAGGAUCCUGAAGUAA